AUGGCAGGAACUGCCGAUACAAAAGCCAACUCUAAUCGACGGAAACAAAAGUCAAUUAUUAGUCAGUGGCAGCCGUUACGAGACAGUGCUUGGGACAAAGCGCACGGCCUGCGCUUUGUUCGGCGCACGCAUCGUGAGGCGUCUGGUAUUGUCCGGUAUGGUACAGGCAAAGAGCUGCAGGAUGAUGAGGAAUGCGGUUGUGUUACCUGCACUCCCUCACGCCCUUCCAGCCACAGCCCUCACAGGAAUUCCGUCGUCGCCGACGCCCGUGUCAGCGGCGCUAACCCCGUAACGACUAGCGUAGAAUACGCGGCUGACUAG